AUGCAGACCCAAAUUGGAGUUGGUAAUGAGUUGCAGAGAAGUUACAGAAUGCAGGAUUUUGCAUCUCCGGGUGUGAUCAUGAGAGAGCGCAGUUUUGUACGCCCACAAUCUCAUCACAAUAUGCAUCAUAACCAGUUUCCAAACAAUGGGAAACGGCGAAGCAUGAUUCUAACCAAUGCUAAGGGGAAACCCACGCUCGAGAUAUACAGACCACCAGGUGUGCGCACAGACGGCGUGGCGUCGGCGGGUCCGGCGGCGGGCGCAGGCUCCACCAACAAGCUGAACGUCCACGCGAAGGAGUUCACCAUGGCCAAGCCAGCGGACCUGCACAAUAGGUCGGCGAUGGGCCUCGGGUACGCGAGCGUGGGGCUGCAGCACUCGCGCUCCGCCGUGCUGCACGCGCAGGUGCCGCCGCACUACCGGCCCGUGAUGCCGCCCCACGUCACCCUCAACACGCCCGGCGACACGGCGCACGUGCAGUCAGGACCCCGCGUGCAUUUCAAGUUGCAACCGCAGAAUAUGUCCGAGAAGAAGAAGUCGCCUCCGUCUUCUCUGAUCAACGGUAACGGCAAGAGUAUUCGGCCGCAGUCCUUCACGCCUGGCCUCAAGCGGUCUAAAUCGCUGACGUCAGCUGACGCUUUAGCUAGCGGCAUGGCGGCUUUGGGACUUGCGGCUGAUGCUGGCGACUUGGGCACCUUCCCGCCCGAGAUUCAGGAGUGCAUCGAUAAGGCUCUUGAAGAUCCCAACGCGGUGGUAGCACGCACUCUAAUGGACGCCGUAGGGCAUCUCGUAGGGCGUGCGGUAGAAUCACCGCGAUAUGCCUUGCCGGCCGCGCGCCGAUGCAUCGCUGUAGUGGAGCGCGAGACCACGGAGACGUUUCUGGAGUCUCUUCUCAACACCUGCCAGCAGUGGUACCACGACCGGGACAAGUUGCUUGGUAGCAUAGUAGGCGGCGGACGGCCGCGUCUCAUGGCGUUCCUGUCAUUCCUCCUCGAAAUGUACUGUCAACUGCGACGUCGUGCCAUCCAACGACGCGCUGCUGCAGCACCAGCGCAGCCCGGCCAGGUGCUGCUGACCCUCAUCUGCAAGUGCUGCGAGGACUGCAUCCGGCAACCCGUGCCUUCCGCCAGCGACACGGAGAACCUGUUCUUCGUGCUCACAUACAUCGGGCGGGACCUGGAAUCACAGUUACCCGGUGAUUUGGAGCGCCUCCUUACCGCCGUCCGCGACGCGUUCCUUAAUACCAGUGCAGCGCCAUCUAUCCGACUAAACCUUCAGUGCGGCCGAGGAACUUCUUCGGACGACGACGACGAUGUCCUGAAGCAAUUACCCGAAGCUCUAGUAGCUCAGGCUGCAAACUCCAUGUAAGCAUAUAAAAGAAUCUCUCGAUUUAGACGGGAGUGA